GCAUCCAUCAUUAAGGACUUGGUAAUUGGCUGUGCACUGCCUCUGGCUUUGGUGGAGAAUUGUUACUUUAGAAAAUUUCUGAAAGUCAUGGACUCAAAAUACACCCCCAUCUCGAGAAGCACUAUCUCCGAGAAAAGAAUCCCAGUACUGGUGAACCAAGUGAAGCAGACUAUUGUUGAAAGAUUGCAGAGUCAACCAUCUGUCUCUGUAACUGUUGAUAUCUGGUCUGACCGCAGACUGCGGUCCUUUCUUGGCGUCACUGCGCAUGCAGUACACUGCUCUAAUGGAUCCUGUGUCCUUGAACCGUACCUGCUUGAAUGCCGACGGUUUACAGGACGGCACAGCGGUGAGAGGAUUUCUGAUGCUUUUGAGGAAAUACUUGAAGAAUAUGGCAUCGCGCAAAAAGUUUGUUAUAAUAUAACAGACAAUGCAGCCAACAUGAAAUGCGCUUUCAAAGUGCAAAUGCCCCUGCAGCAAGCCUCUGACACAGAAAGCGAGGAUGACCUUGAUGAUGAGGAGUUAUGGGAGGACACUGAUGAGGACACAGAACUUGGGCUAUCAGGGGAGAGGCUUUCUUGUUUUGCCCAUUCUCUUCAAUUAGUUGUCUCAGAUGGAAUGAAAGAGGUCAAAUCAAUUAGUCUUGCCAUUGCUAAAGCAUCUCGCUUUUCUACCCUCUUGCACACCAGCUCGGCUUUCAAAGACACAUUUGAAAGCACAUGUGGAACAACAAAAACUGUACCUGCAGCGAACAACACCAGAUGGAAUAGUACAUUUAAACAGCUACAAGCACUGACUUCUCUGGAUCACAAAACAUUGACCGAAAUGUGCCUUAACGACUUUUCAGAAGUUGUUUUCACGCCACGUGAGUGGAACCAACUCAGAGACUUAACCUCAAUUCUUACUCCUUUUGCUGAGGCUACUAACUUAACAGAGGGGGAAAAAGUUGUAACUAUCAGCAUCAUUGUGCCGACUGUUCUUGACCUGAACACCCAUUUAAUAAAAUGUGAAACAACUCAUAUCCUGUGUAGACCCAUCGCAAGGGCACUACACGGAUCACUGAAAAAACGCUUCCAGGGGAUUUUUGAACAGUUUGACAUGGCUGGGAAAACUGGGAAGGAGGAGCCAUUCAACAACAAAAUCUACACCCUUUCCACAAUGCUGGACCCACAGUUUGGCCUAAAUUGGGUGGAUCUCGAUGUGACGUGCAAGCAGGGUGCAGCAUACCAGAGGCGAUACAGAGAGGACCUGAAAAAAUCACUGAAAGAAACACUGGUUGCAGAGGUUGAGAAAUGUGCUGAGAGAUACGGAGGAGAACAAGAUGACUUGGACGGCACAUUGGAAGAGGAUGAAGACUCCCCACCAAAGAAAUGUGGUCGCAUGCUGUCGAGGUACAAAUCUCUCAAAAAGCGCAGCACAGGGCAGCAAACAUGUGUUGCUACUAGGGCUGCACAAUUAAUCGAAUUUUAAUCACGAUCACGAUUUUGGAUUCCCACGAUCAAAUUUGCGUGAUCGAGCGAUAUUAAAAAUGCGUGCUCUACCCAUUGAACCAACCUGGCAACCCAUAGAACACUCCGCUACAAAACAAUGUGCCUGCAUGCAGCCUACCAAUGACAACUGUUCCCUGCACUGCUCAGCCUGAUGCAAUGCUCAGUUUGGAUGCACUGUGGACUAGUAGCAUUAUGUAACUAUUAGUAGGCUAGUUAGACUAUACAAAAAAAACGACGAUCAAAAAUCAAAUGUGGGGCACAGCAGGCCAAGAGCUUGUCCCUCGAAAACGGAUCAUCCGUUGUUCGAAAAUAUUUCGGAUUUCAGGCAAGUGGAGUUAACCAACAACUUAAGCAAAGCAGGGCUCUCAACUCAUACCGUGAAACACAUCACAUGAAACCACACAUGCCUUUUUAUCACGUUAACUUUUAGUCUGUUUGCUUCCUCCGAUAUAGCCUAUAAUAAGAGUUGAGCUAACGACGGGAUCCGUGAAUUAUAUUCAUGUAUUUUAUAAGCUACAUGUGCAACCUACAAUGCAUAUGCGUUUCAAGACACAGCCUACUCAAAACGAGUGAACAAUAAUGAAAUUGUAGCCUACACGUCAGUGUUUUACAUAUCAACGAAUGACUAAACCAGGGGUGUCCAAACUGCGGCCCGCCACGCACUUUAAUCCGGCCCGCCCGAGCAUUUAUUAGUUUAUCAUAGAUCCGGCCCGCCACACUUUAAUCCGGCCUGCCAAGCAUAUAAUUAGGUUAUCAUAGCUAGCUAUUUUUUCCCAGGCUACUGCAAACUGCUUUACACUCUUCCUAAAGAACGUUUACAAUGUCAAUGUCAAAACAUC